AUGUAUUGGCCCAUCGGAACUCCGCGAAUCUACGCCACCAGCAGCAGUCGAGCUCCGAACCUGAACCUCUUCGUCUCCAACGAUGGCCUCUCAAGCGCUUCGGACUCGGACCCGGCGCUGCCGCUCGCAUCAGCCGCUUACGAUGAUGCUGAUCAACUACCCCUCACAACGCCGACGACCCCCAUAACACCCUCGAUCCUGCCUGUCGACCUCGACGAAUUCCUUGCCCAUCGCAUCAGAUCCGAAUCGCAGACCUCGGAACCGAGCAGGAUCCCUUUCAAGGAUCCCAUCAUCGCCUUGCGCGCUGCUCGUGCUGGCCACCUGCUGGCGUCCAUCACCGCCACAUCCAUCACCAUCUGGCAGGCAAAGCCGACCGUCAUCCUUGCCGUCGUCGUGCGGUCCGAAUCGUCCCUUCAGCUAUAUGGGCAAAACGUCGACUUGCUGCUGCGCCCGGACGCGGCCAUUGUCGUUGUUCGAACGGACCUCGGCUACCUCAUCACGUACUCGAUUGCUACCGAUGGCGAAUCCUGCGUCUACAAACCACACUUUCCCGACUACCACAAUGUGCGGCGGCGAAAGCAGAGCCUCAGCGGUGGCCAAUCCGGACUGCGGCCCGACCAGAUCCUCUGGGGCCCCGGCGAAGGGCUAGGCGUUCGAGACGUCAGCGUCCGCUUUCGCAUGGUCAUCAAGGUUGACGCGGGCAUCGAGAGCGCCUUGGCGCUGGACGACGAGCUUGUCGUCGCCACCAGAAAGCCGGCCGCUGUGCAAUGCAUCCGCUGGACACCCGACAAAACGGGACAUCAAACGAGGACGGAGAUUCUGAGCCGCAUGGGCUGGGUGGAAAGACACGUCUCCAUCGUGGAGAUGACGCAUGAUCGGCCGAUGAACCUUGCCACCUGGAUCAUGAGCGAUGGUCGAGCGUACGCCGUGCAGCGGCUGAAAUCCCGCACCGACGACGACGGCACCGACGAGGCCGAAUCGAAGCGACUCUUCAAAGGCCACUGUUUCCACGUUCCCUCCAGCGCCGGAAACCAUGCGGUCAUGGGCGUCAUCAACGCUCGGUUCUCCCUCAUCGCCGUCGGCUGCGCCGACGGCACCAUCAAGGUCUACUCGGUCCGGGACUACGCCGGAAACAUUGCCCAUUCUCACACCCAAAAGGUGCCCGCCUCGAUGUCGGCCACGGGAGCCUUCACGUCGCUGAGCUACUCCCCGGACGGCUACAGCCUCUUUGCCGGAUUCGAAAAGGGAUGGGCUACCUGGAGCAUGUUUGGCAAGCUCGGCAGCCACAGCUUCGGUGCCGACGAGAUCAUCUCGAGCGGCAACGGCGAGCAGUGGCUCCAUGGUGUCAGGGGAGCCUCGUGGAUCGGAGGAGGCUCCGAGGUUCUCCUGAUCGGACCAUCGCACGAGGCUGUGUGGAGUCUCGAGAUGGCCAAGAGCGCCGUCACCGGUUGCUACAACGAGGCAAACGUCUUCCGUACCGUCCUGCAGACGCCGACGGCUGUCAUGGUGUACAGGGGCUACGAUUUGCCGGACCUGACGAGCAUUUCCGCCGAGCCGUUCCUGUGGCACACGGCCAAGGUGCCGUCGACCUACCUGCUGAACCAGUGGCCCAUUCGCCAGGCGGUCAUCUCUCCUGACGGUCGAUACGUCGCCGUCGCCGGCAGCCGCGGGCUGGCCCACUACAGCGUCAACAGCGGCCGCUGGAAGACGUUUGCCAACGAGGCGACGGAGAACGAGUUCCAAGUCAGAGGUGGCAUGUGCUGGUACCAGCACAUUCUGGUCGCCGCCGUGGAGAGCAACAGGUCGUUCCAGAUCCGACUCUACUCACGCGACGCCCCGCUGGACCCCGACGCGAUCACGUACCGACACCAGAUCCCAGCCCCCGUGGUGCUCAUCACCACAUCCGGCGACGACUCUCUGCUCGUAUACACGCACGAGAACCUGCUGUACCACUUCAUCUUCACGCCCUGGGCCGACUCCGUACGGCUCGUCCAGGUGGGUCAGAUCGCGUUCCACGGAAUCGUGCGCUCGCCCGCCCGAGUCCGUGGCCUCAGCUGGAUCCUGCCCGAGAGCCAGCUGGUGGAGGGGGAUCCUUCGCAGGACGUGGCCGUCGCGUCCGUCUUCUUUCUCGUCGACGGAAAGCUGGUGUUGCUGAGCCCGUCGUGCAACCAGGCGGGCCAGCUGAAGUACGACAUGCGCAUCAUUGCGCAGAAUGUCGAGUAUCAUGCGUGCAUGAGAGACCAGUUGCUGCUCAACGACUACCGACGGCUGGACGACGGCGCGCGACGACGUGGACCGCCGGCGUUGCGAGACACGUUGCGGGACUCGCUAUGGGUCUUUGACGGCAUGGAAGUCAAGGCCUGGGCCAGCGUAACCGAGGUGCUCGAUGCGGCAUCCGGCGACAGCGUGAGGGAGCUGCCGAUGCCGGUUUCGGUCCCCGUGGACUUUUACCCGCUGUCCAUCCUGCUGGAGAAGGGUCUCAUACUCGGGGUGGAGUCGGAUCUGGUGCAGCGACGAGACGUUGGCUUUUCCUUUUUUCACUUUGCCAUCAGGACGCAUCUUGUGUUCCCCGACGUGCUGCACUUCUAUCUGCGUCAAAACCGCACCGAGGAAGCGGUGAGCGUGUCGGGGCAGUAUGAGGAGCUCGAAUACUUCUCCCACGGUCUCGAAAUCCUCCUGCACAAGGCCCUGGACGAGGAAGCCGAGACUUCGCCCAAGCCGGAGGAUGCCGUCCUGCCGCGCGUGCUGUCGCUCAUCUCAUCCUCCAAGGACUACCUCGACGUCGUGCUGCAGUGCACGCGCAAGACGGAUGUACGGCACUGGCAGGCGCUCUUUGCCUAUCUGCCGCCGGCGCAAGAGCUCUUUGAGGAAUCGUUGCAACGAGGUUCGCUGAAGACGGCGGGCGGCUACCUCAUCAUCCUGCACACGAUGGAGGAAUUGGAGUCGUCGAGCGACCAGUCGGUCCGAGUGUUGUCACGAGCGAUGCAGGAGGGUGACUGGGAGCUGUGCAAGGAGCUUGCGCGAUUCCUCGCCGCCUUGGACGAUACGGGCGAAAUUCUGAGAGAAGCCAUGCAACUGGUCAAUGUGGAACUGAGCCGGGAACGCGAGGGCUUGGGGAGCCGGCUGGAGACGGAAACCCCGCCGCCGACGGUUGCCAACGGCCAUGGGAGGAACGGUGCGGAGGAGCGAACGAUCGAGUCCGAUUUUCCGUCAGCGAGCGACGCAUCAAGCGCAGCAUCAAACGCCAGCCCGUCGAAUGUCGAAGCGGUUGAGUGA